AGUUCAAUCAACUCCGCAACGUUGUGUGGAGUGAUCAUUUUGUUUCCAUGAAAAUCGGCAAAAAUGAAGUUCUAUGUUCCUAGCAAUAUAUUAUUAAUGAUUGUCUUAUUCCUUCUUUUUGAUGUUAUCACGCAAAUACAAUUAAUAACAUUUUCUGUCCUAUCCGAGAUUAUAACAGAGAUGAAUAACCACACUUUAAGUACUCACUUUGGAAUUGUACCCACUGAGACCAAAUUGUCAUUUGUAAAUUCGAUAAUUACAACAAGUAACCAAGUUGGAAAUGCUCUUUCAAUACUGUUACUGCUCCCGGUUGUUGAUUACAAAGGCAGAAAGUUUGUGGCGGUUUAUCUGAGAUUUGCACUGAUUUUUUCCACUGGUAUUUGUCAUUUGCUAGCUGCACUGUUUCAAGCGUCUGAAGUAUUCAUUUUGGGCCAGUUUCUGCUUGGGGUACAAACUUCACUUCGUUUUUUUGCUACACAAAUGUUCAUUGUAGAGAGUUCUCCGGAUAACUGUCGAGGUUUUGCAAGCGCUUCACUUGCCUUUGCAUUCGUCAUUUCAAAAUUAGUCAUGUUUUCUUCGUCUUCGCCAAGUCUAUUGGGAACAUCGGAUUUGUGGUUUAUUUAUCCAGUAUUCGAAAUGAUAACCGCAACGAUAAUUUUCUGUUUGAUGCUGCAUUUACCCGAAUCUCCAAAAUGGCUCAUUCAACAAGAUAAACUGGAUGAAGCAAAAAUGUCUAUUAAAUUUUAUCACGGAAAAAAGUGCACUAUUGAUGAAAUAGUAACUUCAUUUAUUAAAGAAAGAAACUUGACUAAUAAAAAUAAAAUAUCUUUAAAAGAAGUUUGGGAUAACGAAACUCUUAGAGAAGGUUUGAAAAUUGUAUUUGCGGUGUUACUGUUUCUUGAAUUCGACACGUCAUACGUAACUUCAGUUUACACAAUUGAUUUUCAUAAAUCGGCAGGAUUCACGGUUCAACAAGCACUAAAUAUUAAUUUAAUCAUCACAACUGUCCUAUUCCCCACGAAAUUCAUUGGUACAUUUUUAUUAGAUGCACUUGGAAGAAGACCAGUUUUAGCUAUUGCUGGUAUCAUACAGUUUUCCCGAUCUUGCCUUAUAUUAUCUGUUGAAAUUAUAAUUUACGCCUUUGGAUCAAGUUGGUUGACAAGAAUUAUGUUCGUUGUUGUUGAAUCAUUAUCACCAAUUGCUUCAGCAACAGGUGUAAACUCUAUCAGAUUGUUGCUCACAAUGGAAUUGUUUCCUUCGUCGGCGAGGACAGUUGUAGGACAAGCAAAAUUAUUUGGAUCAAUGCUAAUUGGUACCCCUAUUGUUUCUUUAUUUCCAAUUAUCAACUCAUUGUUUCCUCCCAUCUUUUUCGUACCAUUUGUGAUAACACAGCUGUUACUUGGAAUCUAUCUUUUUAGACACAUGCCGGAAACACGUGGUCGGGCAGUAUAUGACAUUAUUGAGUCACUGGACAGAAACGUUGCUUCUAGGGCUGCGUCAAUAAAUGAAGAAAAAACUCCUCUUAUCAAAAAUCGGGCUAGAACCUUCGGUGCAAAACGAAAUAGCAUUUUAAACACACCUCGUUCUCGGGCUUUGACAUUCGACCACAAGUUCGACUCAGAAAUUUGAAUGCUCUUUUGUUUGAUAAGGAGUGGAAGUGGUUUUUGAUUUGUUGUACUUUUUGUAUAGGAUUACCCUAUAUUAAAUUUUUGUUCUGAUAAAACUUUUGAUAUG